AUGAAGCCCCAUCCAAGCAGCGUCCGAACGCUACGCGCUCCGACCCCUUCGCACACCCCCGGCUCACGCGAUCCAUUUCAUCGAUGUGUUCAAACCCCAUUCCUCCUCCCUUCAUCUAUCGCCACGUCCUCUCGCGUCCGCCUACCUCCUUCGCCGGGCUUCGGUGCCCCCUCAUCCUUCUUUACUACGCGGUAUGCUUCUUCAUCGGCCUCGCCGGCUUGGUCCCCGCCCGCCCCGCGCUCGCCUGGCAAGGUGGAUGUCCCCCUUUCUCAUCAAUGCCAAUUCCCCCUUCCCCCUCCAAAUAGCCCAGGUCGCCCAGGUCCGUCUCGUCCAUCGCAGAGCCGGAGUGUACACUCUUCCUCCCCUUUAUCAGCCCAACCCCUCGAGCGAGAACCGGACUACGAUCUCAGCGAUGCCGGCGGAAACUACCCGUCCAGUCCACAUAGGGACUGGGAACCCCCUCUCUUCACCGCAGAAGAGAUCGCGGGAUUCGGAGAGCCGCGCAAGGGAGAGAGGUAUAGGCAUAUGGUGCCGCCUCGGAUACCAGGCGGGACGGCCGCGGUGGGAGAGUACGAGCCGAGCGAAGCGGACUUUAUGACUGCCGAUCCGGGUGUCUCAGCAGCUAUGGACGAUCUGAGCUGGGCGGAUGGGAUGGAAGUAGGGGAGGAAGAAGCUCCAGAUAUGGCCAUCUGGGAUGAUGUGCCGUCUGUCUCUCAGGGGAAGGGGAAAGGGAAGCGGAAGGCGGUCAGGCGAAGACUGGUCGUUUCGGAUCUGCCAGCGCUGGAAGUUGGCCAGACACUGGGAGUGGAGGAAGAACGAUUCGAUUGGCGCAAGACGGCCCCGAGCCAAUUGGGGCUGCACAAAAGGGGGAAGACGAGGUGGUUCCCGGAUGAGGUGAAUGUGAAGCGGGAGAGGGAGACUGUGGCGCUGCUCAAAGAGGGGAUGGGGUUUUACGAGGAAGUGAAGCGGUAUGGGGAGCACUUCGUCCCGUUGCUGGAAGCGGAACAUCGGGAAGAGCAACUACAACAUGCCGAACGACAGCUUCAGUGGUCUCAUGAGAAACUGGUGUUAGAAGGUUGGGUUGUCGAGAACCUCGGAGCGACGCUGUUUCCACUCAAGAAACGGCCGGGGAAAUACAUCUAUACGUUUGCAAAGACGGGCAAGAUGGCGACUGGGGCGAUGGCGGACUUGCCAUUCCACAAAUUCACGAGCGGGACCGUUACCGAGAUCUGCCGGACCCAUCCUCAUUACGACUUUGUGCAGAAGGACGGGGUCACGCACAAGCCGGCAGAACCGACUGGCGGGGAGACGCAGGGCGAUAACUCGAUUACGCCGUUGCUGAAGGCGGGCGGGGAGAAGCUGCUGGGCUCGGUGUACUCUGUUACUAAGAAGUAUAUCCGGGUGGAGUUUGACGUGCCAAUAGAGGAGAUCGAGAGUGGACACUGGAGACUCGACAUCGGAUGCAACGACGUCGCCCUUACGCGCCAGCUCGCGGCGAUCCGGCUCCUCAAUGCCGACCCAACAGAUAUGGAACGUCAAGACGCCCGCGUCGCCGCCGAGCAGUCCAAAUACAACUCCUUCCACGUCUCGCGAGGCCGAUCGGACGACGAGGACGAGGUGUUCAAUCAGCCUGUCAGGGGGAGGAUGAUCCAGCAGACGGUGUUACAAGGGACGAACCUGCGGGACAAGGUCCUCCGGGCAUUCCAGGAGGAGUUUGUGCCGUAUGACACCUCGGCGUCAUUGCGGAUCGGCGAGCGACUCGGGGAUAAGGUCGAGCCCGCAGCUGUCGUCCCGGUCCCAAGCGAUCUUCAGCCUGGCGAUAUCGACGCAACACCGGUCCCGCCUGCUCAUCCUGCCUCGGAGCCGCUCGGCGUUCUGGCCAAGAAUGAGCUUAUCGCGAGCUGGACGAAACGGUACCGUACGAAAGCUGGACAGCUACCCGUGCGCGUCGAAGGCGAUCCGGAGGUCCCGCUCAAUCCGACCCAGAUAAGCGCUAUCGCCAUGAUGCUGAGCGAGAGGCUGAGCUUGGUCCAGGGUCCACCUGGGACAGGCAAGACCCGCGUCAUCAUCGAGACGAUCAAACUCCUCAAACAUCACUGGAAGAUCCCCCACCCUAUCCUCGUUACGGCCCAUACCAACGCUGCUGUCGACAACCUCGUCGGCGGACUCCGGGAGCAUGGCGUCAAGGCUGCCCGACUGGGAAGGACUCAGUCCGUCCGGGAAGAUCUGCAGCAGUGGACAGUGGAGCAACUGUCAGAGGCGCACCCGCUCUAUCAGGAACUGGAGAAUACGGGGAACGCCCUGACGGAACUCGACAAGAUCAUUGCGGAAUCGCGAAAGAAGGACAGGAUGGAUGGGAGUGAGGGACAGGGGAAGAGUGGGCCGAAGCUCUCUUCAGGGGAUAUGUGGGACAAGCGGAUCAAGAUGCAGCAGAAGAUACGGUCGAUGAAGAAGGCUAUUACGAGGGAUAUUCUGCUGGAUGCGGAUGUGGUCUGCACAACCUGCCUGUCAGCUGCAUCCUGGACCUUGGACGCUAUCGACUUUCCGAUUGUCUUUCUGGACGAAGCGAGCAUGGCGACCGAGCCUUUGUCGCUGGUACCGCUGAUGAAAGGGUCGAGCCACGUAGCUAUCAUCGGCGACCACAAGCAACUACCACCUGUGAUCAUCUCGGAGGCUGCUCAGAUGGGCGGGCUCGCUACCUCUAUGUUUGAGCGUCUUAUACAUGAGCACAACAUCCCCUCCAUCAUGCUCGACACGCAGUAUCGUAUGCACCCCCAAAUCGCCGCCUUCCCCAAUCGUGCCUUCUACGCUUCGGCUCUCGCCAACGGCACAGCCAAUCUUGACGGUACCGCCCGUCCCGGCCUCGAGCCGCCAGUCACGGACUUCCUUCUUGAGGAUGAAGAUGGAAGGCGGCAGAACGUGACAUUUGUGCACCAUCAUUCGCCUGAGGAUCCGAGUAGCAAGAGUUUGAAGAAUGAGGGAGAGGCGAAGCGGGUUUGCGCUGUCGUGGCGGAUCUCUUGCUCAGGAACCCGACCCUUAGCGGUACCGACAUCGGCAUCAUCACUCCGUACUCUGCUCAAAUCCGACAAUUGACCGACGACCUCCGGACCAGCCCCGCCCGACUCGCCGAGUUCCGCACCAUCCUAGGCAACGACCGGAUGAAGGAGCUCGACAACAUCGAGAUCCGUACAGUGGACGGGUUUGAGGGGCGCGAAAAGGCCGUGAUUGUGUUCAGUACGGUCCGGAACAACCCAGGCGGGUAUAUCGGGUUCUUGGCGGAUUGGCGGCGGCUCAAUGUGGGGUUGACGAGGGCGAAGCGGGCGCUUAUCAUGUUGGGAUCGGCGGAUCAUCUGGCGCGUGCCAAAGUGGGACAAAAGGCCAUGCAGGGCUUACCGAGCGGAGGGGCACAGGUGUGGCGUCAGCUGAUGGGGUGGUUGGAGAGUGAGGGGUUGAUCUUGCGGGAAGAUGCGGAUGGGGCGGAGAGUGGGGAAGAGGCUUAG